AUGCCGCACCGUGCACGGUGCGGUGCGGGAACGCUCUUGCCGCACCGUCCCCUUCCGCGCUCCCGCUCCUUCCCCCCCCGAGUGCACGUGUGCGCGUUGAGCGGACUCACGGACAGCGGCACGGUGCACGUUUCCCCCAACUCACCAUCUCUUCGCCUCUCACUGGUCCCUCUUCUUUCCCCCUCCCGUUUCCCCCUUCCCCUUCCGCAGUGCACGUUGCACGUGUGGGCGCUGACCGGGCUAACGGACUGCGGCACGGUGCAGCAACUAGCGAAUCAGGCCAGCAGCGCAACCUUCCCCAGAUUCGGCCGCUACCGCGCGUACCAAGUGGCGGAGCAGCCCGCGCCCGCGCGCCUGAACGAGUCGUGGCGCUCGCUGCCCCUCGCGCUGAUGGCGCUGCACGCGCCGCUGGGCGCGCUGCCGCUGCAGAGCACGGUGGAGGCGGAGCGCUACCCCAUCCCCGACUCCGCGUGCGGGCUGCCCGCGGGGCAGGCGGGGAAGACCCCCCCGCCCACGCACUUCGUCUCGCACUUCUCAGUAGCAGGGGUGCGGUUCGCAGUGGUGGGAGUGUACAUGCUGCUGGGAGUGUCCUUCCGGGGCAGCCUGCCGUGCGCCAUCAGGGAGGCGCAGGCAGUGGCCAUGGCGCGCGUGGUGCGGCGGCUGCUGCUGCGCGGGGAGGAGGUGGUGGUCAUGGGCACGUUCAACGACCUCGAUGGGGACCUCUCUGCUGAUUUGGAUGUGGAGAAUCUGGAUCCAGUGUCGCGAGUCAUGCAGAUCAUCAAGGACGCCACGUCAGAGCGUCUGAUCAACGUGGCGGCGGCGCUACCGUCUGAGAAGCGCCAGAUAGCGGCACAGCAGACCAACUUCAUAUUGAUAUCGCAACACCUGACUGACGCCAUCAGUGUGGAGAUGCCACAUGUGAAAGGCAUGCCCUACAAUCCAGUCAUUUUGAAGCUGCGGCUACAGCAGCGACAAUACCACUCUCUCCCCACUCCUCCUCACUCUCCCUCUCGCACCCCGCCCGCGAUUGUCAUUCAAAAACCCGUUCCGGGUUCCAACUCCUCUCAAAUAAACACCAGCGACGGCACCAGCGAUGGCAGCAGCGGCAACGAAGGAAGCAGCAACAGCAGUGGUAGCAGCAGAAACGCAACUAGAGCGGAUGGGUCACAUCUGAAUUUCACCACCACUAACAUCACGACAACCAGCAACAGCAGCAGUUCUGCUGGUGCUGCUGGUACCAGCAGCAACAGUACACUCACCAGCGAUUCCACCUCUGCUAAUUCCUCUGCGUCGGCACCGACCACAGCAGCAGCGGCAGCAGCAGAUUCUGCUGAUUCGUCCUCAAGAGUAGGAGCGGGGGAGAAUGGUGCUGCUGGUGGUGACAACGGCAGUGGCGAGAGCAGCAGCCAAGAGAGUGCAGGAUUGAGCGGAGGAGCGGUGGCAGCGAUUGUCUUUUUUGUUAUCAUUGGAUUAGCUAUUGGUGCUGCUGCCGCUUUCUGGUGGCUCGGGGGUGCGAAGCUGCUUCAGAAGGAGUCGUUUAAGCGUAAGGGCAUGAGCAUGUUCGUUGUGGGUGCUGGUAAACACUGGAAGCUGGGAAAGAAGAAAGGGCAUGGAGGAGGAGGAGGGAUAGGGGGGGAUGGAGAUGGGGGGUCUGAAAGUGGGGAGCUGGCAAAGGAGGAGGGGGUUGGAUACAGUGGGGAGGACAGUGGGAAGGAUGGGGAAGCUGCAGGGGUAAAGCCUAAGAAAAAGUCGUUCAUGUCGGGGUAUAAAGUGUGGAAACCCAUGGAUGCGUCGCGGUUUGUGCCAUCUCGGCCAGUCAUGGCGCCUCCCUUCCAGAGCUUCCUUACGUCUCAACCGGGAUCUCCAAUCAUUGAUAACCCCGUUCCACUCUCCCGGAGGGCAAGUUCCACGCUGUCAGCGUGGGUUGGACAGAUGGCUCAAUCUUGUCCCGGAGAUCGGGGCAACAAUUGGCCUACAAUGGACCAUGGGAAGCAGUACCACUCACCCUUAUCUGGGACGAACUGCGUGUCUCGGUUCGCAUCGCGUUGUCCCUGUCCUCCUGCGUUUCCUAAUCGUCACCUCUCGCUUCCUUGUCUCGCGCCAUUUCCCUUCGCGUGCCUCUCGCUCCCGCAGUGGCAUCCAGACGUGAAUAAGGACGCGGGGGCAGCCGCCAUGUUCGUCGACGUCAACCGAGCGUACGAGGCAGCGGUGCAGGCACAUGAGAAAGCGAGCAAGGCGAAGCCGCAACGGCCAGCGAGGAGAAAAGACGAUUUUGACGAGUUCUGGGACGACUUUCUGGGCGGCAAGUCGUCCGCUCCCAAGGCGGAUCCGCGGCGGAAAAGACAAGGCAUGAAACAGGGCCCUGGUGGGGGAGGGGAGAGAAUGAGAGAUCCCUUAGCGUGGUCUCCCCAACCGCGCGUGGUGCUCCCCCCGCCGCCGUACCUGCGCGCGGCGGACGUCGCGGCGGAGCGCGCGGCGUUUGAGUCGCGCGUGGAUAGGGCAGUGCGCACACUGGAGGAGGGGCGGAGUGCGCAGGCGGAAGGUCGAUGGGAGGACGCCUUGGCGCUCUACACAGAGGUGCAGGAGGAAUACCCAGACCUGGCGCUGUCAGUAUACGGUAAAGCAGGGCGCGCUCUUAUGGAGUACCAAGUGGGUGACCUGCGCACGGCGGUUACCCGGUUACGAGUGCUCAGCGUGGAGUUCAAAGGUUACCCUGAGGUGCACGCAGCACUGGCAGCAGCGCUAUACGUGGAGGGCGGGGCAGCAGCAGCAGAGCGCCAAUUCACCAUCGCCACGCUCCUUGAUUCCCGCUUCUCCAACCGUGCAUGGCUGGAGUCGGAGCGACACUGGCCGCCCACCCUGCUGCUGCACAUGAAGCGUUUCCUGCUGCUGCAGUGA